UUUCUCCUUGUUGUUGCUCCAGACAAACCCGCGCCAACAGUUUCCAUUUAUAUCCGAUUUCCCCGCUCUCUUCUGGAUAAAACCCCUCAAACAAAAUUCACCCAGAUAAAACAACCUCUCAAAUCCCUCCACCUGUACCCUUCCCCCAAAUUCCAAUUAUUACAGAACGGAACGGAGAAGCAAACCAACCGCUGCUUCUAUUAGAUAGAAUAUAUCUGACUCUUCCUCCACUCCUAUCCAUUUGCCUCGUUUUUAGCAAAUCUACCUCUUUUCUUCGUCUUCUCUCCCUCUCUUCCAAUUUUGCUCUCAUAUUAUUCUUUCUUCUUUUCGAUAGAAAAUUAGUGAAUAAAAUGAUGAGAAGGGAGCAGCAUCAGGACCAGCAAUCCAGGGUUUUCUACGAGCUUUCCGCUCUAGUUCUCAGCCUUCUGCGGUCGCCGCCCACGCCGAUUCAAUUUUCCGAUCAGUCUCCGGCCAUUCCGCCGCCGACGAAUUCUUCUUCUUCUUCUUCUGUUUCUAGCUCUUCAUCCAGGCGGCCGGCGGCGGCGCCGCAGAUCUCGCCGGCGGGGUUCGCGUCGCUGAUGCUGGGGAUUUCGAUGGCGCUGAUGCUGUGUGGAUCGGUGACGUUCUUCAUCGGGUUCUUGUUGAUGCCUUGGGUGCUCGGGUUGGUUAUGGUGUUUUAUGUGGCUGGAGUCGUCUCCACUCUCUCUGUUUUGGGGAAGUCGAUUCUUUGUUACGCCUCGCCGCCGCCGACGUCACAGCGGAAGGAGAUUCCGGAUAAAUUCACAUUCUUCGACAGCUGCUACUAUUAUGCCAAACUUCCAACCUUCAUCCACCAAAUAAUAUGUCUCUUCCAUGCAAAAUCUGAUUGACCAAAAGCAUGGAAGUUAUUGUGAAGAAGUGGAGAGGAGGUGUUACAAGAGAAAGAGUUGAUAUGUUUAUUGAAGGGGCGGAGCAGAGCACCAGAAAUGCUGCUGCGAGUGGAGUGCUGCAUAUAGGAGGAACAAAUGAAUGUAUAGGCAAUUCAGGAUGAAAUUAUAUAAUGGAUCGAUCGAGCUGAGAGAUCUUGAAGUAUUGAUGAUGCAUUAACAGUGGAUAAAUGUUUUUAUUAAUGUUCUACUGAGUAUGUGGAUCAUAUGGCUUCUGAUAGUGAAUUGUUCAAGGAUAUCAUCAUGAUAUUAAGUACACUUUUUUUCCAUCCAAAUCCAAUGAAUUCAUACUUUGAGAGGAGAGAUGGGAGGGAGGCUGUUCCAGUAUAUGUCACUUUCUCUUUUGUUCUCAAAUUUGUAAAAUUUAUUCCUUUGUGAUUUUUCUGGUAAAGUAUCUAUCCUGUCUUCAGUGUUAAUAUAUAUCAUGCUUUUUCUUUCUUCAA